AUGCAGUGGUCAAAUAUUAGCAAGGAAAUAGACAGUUUAUUGAAAGAAAUUCAGUCUGAAAUUCAUGUAACACUGAGUCCAGAAGAAGCUAAGAAAUCUGUUGACUUGCUCUUGGAAAAAUGGGACAGGCUCGAGGGACUUCAUGGGAGGUACCUUGCAGGAAUUAACGAGAGAAAACGCUUAGAACAUGUACAAGAGCGUUAUUCUACUCUGAAACGUGAAGUGGACGAUAUUAUCAAUGAGUGUGAGGGUUUGUUUAGAAGACCAGACCCCCGGCAUGACGAACUUGGAAUGGACCGCGGACUACCAGUCUGGGAUCCGAAACAAGAUGACAAUAAGUCAGUGCACAGCGUUGCUACUCAUGUUACCAAACAUUCUGAGGCAUCGUCAGUUUCUUCACAGAAGAAAUCACUUAAGAGGGCACUGGUGUCUAAAAUGAAACUAGACUAA